CAAGAAAAAUACUCAAAAUUGUAUUUUGUGUCAAAAAAUCUACUCUUUUAAAACUUGUCAGAUUUAUUAAGGGAGGAGGGAAAUGGUUUUUCUUCAGGAAUAAAAUGUUAGCAUGUCUUCACUCAUGAACAACUGCACAACAAACCAUUGUGCUUCUGAGGUGUAAUUAGAAAAAUGUUGCUUAGAGGAAAAGUUUGAAAUAUUUAAGCAUCUGAGGUUGCGUUAAACUGAGUAAAAAGAGAAAAGCAAAAUUUUUAAAUGGUUCAAACAGGAACAUGUUUGGGUGUGCCCCCCCGCCCCUUUUUCCUUGUAAUUUGACUAUAAGCUCCCAACCCCCCACCUGAAAAUGAAUAAAAAGGCUUAUUUCAAACAUUAAUGUAAAAAAAUGUUGUUUAUGGUGACUGUCUUAGAAAUUAUAGGGGGCUUUUUUGUUUAAACUUAAACUAUUAAAGUAACUAAAGUUUGUGUUUGACAUGCAGAUGUCAGAGGUGGGUGGAGAACUGUCGAAGGGCAGAUUUAGAAGAUAAAACUCCAGAUCAGCUGAACAAGCACUACAGAUUAUGUGCCAAACACUUUGAGACCUCUAUGAUAUGUAGAAGCAGUCCUUACAGAACAGUUUUACGAGAUAAUGCUGUGCCAACUAUAUUUGAUCUUACAAGUCACUUGAAUAAUCCACACAGCAGGCACAGAAAAAGAAUAAAAGAGUUGAGUGAAGAUGAAAUAAGAACAUUGAAGCAGCAAAAGAUUGAUGAAGCCUUUGAACGGGAACAGGCAAAUCAAGAGUUGAAUGAGAGCAGUGCUCAGAACACUGUUUCAGAAGAAGGAGGAGAAGAGCAAGAAGAGGAAGUUGUUCCUUUAACGCUGGAAGAGAGGGAAAACAAAGAUUACCUUAAAUCUUUAUUUGAAAUUUUGAUCCUCAUGGGCAAACAAAAUAUUCCUUUGGAUGGCCAUAAUGCUAAUGAACUUCCAGAAGGUAUCUUCACCCCAGAUAAUUUUCAAGCUUUGUUGGAAUGCAGAAUAAAUGCUGGAGAUGAGGUUCUGAGAAAACGAUUUGAGAUGGCUGCAGUAAACCUGGAGUAUUGUUCUAAAACGCAACAGAAACAGAUGCUUGAGAUCUGUGAGAGCUGUGUAAGAGAAGAGACGCUCAGGGAAGUAAGAGACUCCCACUUCUUUUCCAUUGUCACUGAUGAGGUAGUAGAUAUAGCAGGUGAGGAGCACUUACCAGUGUUGGUCAGGUUUGUUGAUGAGUCCCACAAUCUGAGAGAAGAAUUUGUAGGGUUUUUGCCUUAUGAGGCAGAUGCUGAAAUUUUAGCUGUUAAGUUCCAUACAACUAUUAUUGAAAAAUGGGGUCUAAACAUGGAGUACUGUCGAGGUCAAGCCUAUAUUGUCUCCAGUGGAUUUGCUUCAAAAAUGAAAAUUGUAGCUACAAGACUCUUGGAAAAGUAUCCACAAGCUGUGUACACACUCUGUUCCUCUUGUGCUCUAAAUGUAUGGUUGGCAAAAUCAGUCCCUGUCGUUGGCGUUUCUAUCGCUCUAGGGACGAUAGAAGAAGUUUGUUCGUUUUUUAAUCAGUCACCACAGUUGUUAGUAGAACUGGACAACAUAAUCUCUGUUCUUUUUCAGAACAGUGAGGAAAAGAGUAAUGAACUGAAAGAGAUUUGCCAUUCUCAGUGGACAGGUAGACAUGAUACUUUUGAGAUUUUAGUGGACCUAAUGCAAGCACUGGUACUGUGCUUGGAUGGUAUAAGCAGUGAUGUGUCUGUCAGGUGGAGUAACUUCGUUGUUGGACGAGCAUUUGUACUUUCAAGUGCAUUAACAGAUUUUGACUUCAUCGUCACUGUUGUAGUUCUGAAAAACAUUCUGUCUUUUACAAGAGCCUUUGGAAAAAAUCUCCAAGGCCAAACAUCAGAUGUGUUCUUUGCAGCCAGCAGCUUAACAGCAGUGUUGCAUUCGCUGAAUGAAGUGAUGGAGAAUAUUGAAGUUUAUCAUGAAUUUUGGUUUGAAGAAGCAACAAAUUUGGCCACAAAGCUAGAUGUACAAAUUAAACUCCCUGGAAAAUUUCGCAGGGCACAGCAAGGUAGUUUGGACUCUGAUGUAACAUCAGAAAAUUACUACAAAGAAGCACUUAGUGUUCCAACUGUAGAGCACAUUAUUCAGGAAUUAAAAGAUAUAUUCUCAGAACAACACCUAAGAGCUCUUAAAUGUUUAUCUUUAGUGCCCUCAGUCAUGGGACAACUAAAAUUUAAUACGUCUGAGGAACAUCAUGCUGAUAUGUACAAAAAUGACCUACCUAAUCCAGAUACACUCUGUGCAGAACUUCAUUGUUGGAGAAUCAAAUGGAAGCAUAGAGGAAAAGAUAUUGAGCUUCCAGCUACCAUUUAUGAAGCACUUCAUUUGCCUGACAUAAAGUUUUUCCCUAAUGUGUAUGCAUUGCUUAAAGUUCUGUGCAUCCUUCCAGUGAUGAAAGUGGAGAAUGAGAAAUAUGAAGUAGGACGAAAGCGCUUGAAGGCGUACCUGAAAAACACCUUGACAGAACAGAGGUCAAGCAACUUAGCUUUGCUUAAUAUAAACUUUGAUAUAAAACAUGACUUGGAUUUAAUGGUGGACACCUAUAUCAAACUCUAUCCAGACAAAGUAGAAUUUCAAGAAGACUUUCUUCCCUCAAACAAUUCAGAAGUAACUGAAGAUGCUUAGAAAAAAAAUCUUUAAUCAGUUUGUUGAAACAGUUUUUCUAUUCAGACUUUAAUAUCAAGAGGAAAACUAUAAAAUGUAUGUAAUCUACUUAAUCAUUACAAUUGUAUUUCCAUUUUAGACCUCAGAUUGAAGAAGCAGUGACCAGUAACACAAGUUCUGUUCCGUUGAUCCACAUUAAAUUACUAUUAUGUGAACAAAAACACCUUUGAAAAUAAACAAGUGUGCUUCACAAAGACAGUUCUCAAACGCUUCAUCUGAUUGGCAUGACUAGGUGCUCAUUUUUUGUUGUGUCAUUUUGGAAAAGUAAUUUAUGAUCACUGUGGAUCCUAUGGAGUUGUUUCAUACUUAUGCAUAAAAAAAUGCAGGAAAACAAGGUAGAAUGAAAUCCAUUGCUUACCAGUUACUACUAGGAUUUUUGGUUUAUUUGGAAACUGUUUAAAAAAUAUGGAAAUGGUAUAUUUGAAUAACUUAGUGGAGAGUGUAUUCUUCUAUCACAGUCAUCACACUGUGGACUGUGUUCUCCACAUCAAGUGAAUAUCAGUGAGUGUGAAGGUACGUUAAGGUUUCAGUGGAAGAGCUAGCCUUUCUCAAUCACCUGAUUGUAUUGUUUACAUUCCUUUGUGUGAGCCGCACAACUAUUUUUUCUUUUUACGCUUUUAACAGGUAUGAAUUGAAUAUUAAAUCUAAAAUCCUGAAAGAUACUGACUGUAAAAUUUAUUCCAUAAGCAUCUAAAAUUAUUUGUUUUUGUCUUUACUGUUACACAAAAGUGUAUCUAUUGCCUCCCAUCUUUAUUUGUAAACAUACCCUGGAAAAAUUAGAAAUAAGUUUGUUGUUUGUCCAGAAGUGACUUGGAAAGUAUUGCUGUUAUUUUUGGCACAAAGUAAACAAUUUUGUAUAGUUUUAUUUCAAUCUAAAAUAAAA